GCGUCUCGGAUCGGAGGUCAGGAGAGAGGGGCGAGGACGUCGUCACCGCCGCGUUCCGUGUCCAAGGCCCCCAUUGGGGUUGUGCACACUCCUCCUCUCCUCCUCCACAGCAGCAGCAGCAGCAGCAGCAGCAAGCUGGCAAGGCAGGCUAUAAGCGUAGCGCGCUCGAUGCUGUCGGCGAGUGAGAUUCAUUGAUGCCUUGGAGGCUGCACGCUGGCGUCAGCCCAGGCAGGGUCUCGCUUGCCCCCUUCUCACGAUUCACUCCACAUCCACUCAUACGUGUGCGCGCACCUCAACUCUUCUAGCCACUCCUUCACGUCUAUCCCUUUACCAUCGUCGGCUUUUUCAACCAGCCAGCCAAGCGUGCAAGACGUCAACAGAAACACCGCCCAUCAAGCGCUAGCUCGUACUUGAUACCUACACCGUAUCGUGCAUCUGGCCGCGUACCUAAUACGUAACAACACCCCUCCCCCCCCCCCUUCCUUCUUUCGCCAUGGCCACCCCCUUCAUCACCCUGCUCGAGCCUAGCAAGUUCGAGGGGUUCCUGCCCGGCAUCCGGCACGACGAGCAGCCCGCCACCAUCCCCCAGCCGUUCCUAGAUGCCAUGGAGGUGCGCGAGACCGUCUACGUCGACGAGCAAGAGGUGCCGCUCGAGAACGAGUUCGACGCCGACGACCCCCGCUCCUGCCACUGGGUCAUCUACGCCAGCAUCAACAAGACGGAGGAGGGCGAGGUGCGCGACGACGAGGGAAACGUCCUACAGCCGCGCAAGAGCUCCACGAGGACGACGCCUAUUGGCACUAUCCGCCUCGUCCCCUUUCCGCACGACCCCCAUCCCAAGGCCGGCGGCGACUACUGGAAUGGCGUCCUGGUGGGGGAUGAAGACCGGGACGACCGAGGAGGCGACGUUGCCGCCGCUCUUGGCGCGCCACCCGGCUGGAGCUUCGCGGCCGACAGGCCGACAUCCUUUCACGACGGCAAGGAGCCAUACGUCAAGCUCGGGCGGCUCGCCGUGUUACACGAGUUCCGCGGAAACAACCUCGCGGGCCUGCUCGUCAACACCGCCCUGGCGUGGCUCAAGAGGAACCCAUCGUACUUUGACCCCAGCAUCACGGAGCUUGGCCUGGAGCAGGUCGGCGCCGCCAACGAGACGGACGUCCCCAAAUGGGGCGGCCUCGUCUGCGUACACGCUCAGGAGCGGGUCGUGGGCGCCUGGAAGAAAUGGGGAUUCCGCGUCGACGAGGGCAUGGGGAAGUGGUGGGAAGAAGGGAUUCCCCACGUUGGCAUGUUUCAGAGGCUCGAGGUGAGUCCUGACGAGGUCCGCAUCUGAGAAACGACAAAACGAGCGCUUCAUUUUGCUUGACGAUGUUACGACAUAUAUGCAUAGAUAGCCUGGCUCGCCGAGGCCACCGCUGCCAUUACCCGUCCAAACCACAUGAACGAGGAGCGACGACAAUUGACACUCAAC